AUGAAUCAAUAUGAGAAAAGAGAGAAGGAAUCUCUCAUGUGUAAAGCAGCAUCUCCAGAACCCAGCUGUGUGUCUAUGAAGAGUGAUGCAUCUUUACCUGUUCCCCCUAAUCUCAGCGAUGGAGCUGUGACUUCUGACUCUGACGUAAGAAAAGACAAUGUGUCCAGAGCUGGGGUGCCUAACCUGACUUACCAGGAGACUUUCAUCAAGCAGCACAAAACAGAGACCCUCCAGAGAGUCAUAAACCAACACAAGACCAGCAUGAAGAACAGGUAUGAGAGGUUAUUUGAGGGAAUCAAACUAGAUGGGAAUCAAACCCUCCUAAACAGCAUCUACACACAGCUCUACAUUAUAGAGGGAGAAAGCAAAGGAGUGAAGGAAGAACAUGAGAUUUUACUGAUGGAGACAAUAGAGAAAAUGGCCAGAAUGAAAGGCAUUCUUAUUAAGAGACAAUACACUCCAAUGGAGACACAGGACACUCCAAUUCACUGCAAUUCCAUCUUUAAACCUUUACAUAAACCAACGAAUGAGGGGUUUGUAAAAGACCAAAUGAAGACUGUUCUCACUAAAGGCAUCGCUGGAAUUGGAAAAACCGUCUCCGUGCAGAAGUUCAUUCUAGACUGGAGUGAAGGAAAAGCCAGUCAGGAUGUAGAUUUCAUGUUUGUGCUUCCAUUUCGAGAGCUGAACUUGAUUAAAGAUCAUCAGUACAGUCUUCACACACUUCUGCUGGACUUUCAUCCUGAACUUCAAGAUCUGGACUCAGAGAUGUAUGAGGAGUGUAAAGUCGUGUUCAUCUUUGAUGGUCUGGAUGAAAGCAGAAUCACACUGAAGUUUUCAAACAUUGAGAGAGUUAGUGAUGUGAAUGAGUCUUCAUCAGUGGCUGUGUUGAUGUCAAACCUCAUCAGAGGAGAUCUGCUUCCCUCUGCUCACAUCUGGAUCACCUCCAGACCAGCAGCAGCCAAUCAGAUCCCUUCAAAAUACAUCAACCGUCUGACAGAAAUUCAGGGAUUCAAUGAGCUUCAGAAGGAGGAAUAUUUCAGGAAGAGAAUCAGCGAUGAGCAUCAAGCCAACAAAAUCAUCUCCCACAUCAGAAGAUCCAGAAGCCUCCAUAUCAUGUGUCACAUACCCGUCUUCUGCUGGAUCUCAGCCACUGUGCUUCAGAAGCUCCUGAAUGAAGAUGACAAAGCAGAAAUCCCUCAAACUCUGACUGAAAUGUACAUCCACUUCCUGCUGACUCAGAUCAACAUGAGGAACCAGAAGUAUGAAGAGAGAGAUCCAGAGAGACUUCUGAAGUCCAGCAAAGACAUGAUUUUGAAACUUGCUGAACUGGCUUACAAACAGCUGAUGGAGGGCAAUGUAAUGUUCUAUGAGGAGGACCUGAUUGAGAGCGGCAUUGACAUCACUGAUGCCUCAGUGUAUUCUGGGAUUUGCACUGAGAUCUUUAAGGAGGAAUCUGUGAUUCAUCAGAGGAAAGUCUACAGCUUCAUUCAUUUGAGCUUUCAAGAAUUUCUCGCUGCUCUAUUUCUGUUUUACUCUUAUGCAGUCAAGAAAAGAACGUCACUGAAGUUUUUUCUGUCUAACGUAUAUGACCUGCAGAGUCAUGAAAUCUCUUUAUAUGAUCUACUAAAAUUCGCAGUUAAAAAGUCCUUAAGAAGUAGAAAUGGACAUCUGGACCUUUUCUUGCGGUUUCUACUCGGCGUCUUUCUGGAGUCCAAUCAGAGACUCUUAAAGGAUCUAUUGACAUACACAGAGAAGAGUUCAGAGAGCAUCAAGACAAUCACACAGUACAUUAAAGAUAAACUCAAAACUAAUAAAGAUCGCUUAGCUGACAGAUCCAUCAAUCUGUUCCUCUGUCUGCUGGAAAUAAAGGAUCAGACUCUGUACAGAGAGAUUCAGGACUUUGUGAAAUCACAAACUUGCUCAGAGGAGAAUCUCUCUCUGUCUCACUGUUCAGCAAUCGCCUACAUGCUUCAGAUAUCAGAGGAGGUGCUGAAUGAGUUUGAUCUGAAGAAAUACAACACAUCAGAUGGCGGGAAAAGAAGACUGAUACCAGCUGUGGUGAACUGCAGAAAAGCUCUAUUUGCUGGUUGUAAUCUCACUGCUCAGUGCUGUGAAAGUUUGUUUUCAUCUCUUCAAACAUCAAACUCUCUAAGAGAGCUAGACCUGAGUAAUAAUGGCCUGCAGGAUUCAGGAGUGAAGCUGCUCUCUGAUGGACUGAAGAGCUCACACUGUCAACUGGAGAUACUGAGGUGUGUGUGUGUGUGUGUUCGAUCAUGCUUUGUUUCACAACUAAGAUUACAUAUUUUAUUUAUAUUUUAUUUUCUGUUUCUAUCAAUUUUGUCAAUGAGUACGUUUACAUGGACACACAUGCCUGAUGAUCUAUUUAGAUUGACAAGCUGUCAGCUCAGUGGUCAGUGCUGUGAAAGUUUGUCUUCAUUUCUACAAUCUUCAAACUCAAUGAGAGAGCUGGACCUCAGUAAUAAUGACCUGCAGGAUUCAGGAGUGAAGCUGCUCUCUGAUGUACUGAAGAGUUCACAUUGUCAACUUGAGAUACUAAGAUUAUCUGGCUGUAUGGUGACAGAGGUAGGCUGUUGUUUUCUGGCUUCAGCUCUGAGAUUAAACCCCUCACACCUGAGAGAGCUGGAUCUGAGCUACAAUCACCCUGGAGAAUCAUUAGCUGAGAUGCUCGAUAGUCCAAACUACAGACUGGACACACUCAAUGUGGAUCAUGGAGCGGAGUUCAGGAUUACAACUGGACCACAGAAAUAUGCAUUUGAUCUCACACUGGAUGUAAACACAGCACACGUUAACCUCGCUCUGUCUGAGGGAAACAGAAAGGUGACGCGAGUGGCGAAGAAGCAGUCAUAUCCUGAUCACCCAGAAAGAUUUGAUGAGUGGUGUCAAGUUCUGUCCAGAGAGAGUCUGACUGGACACUGUUACUGGGAGGCUGAAUUUAGCGGGAGGGCUGAUGUAGCAGUGACAUAUAGAGGAAUCAGAAGGAAAGGACUGCAAACUGAAAGUUUGUUCGGCUUCAAUGAAAAGUCUUGGAAUCUAAAUUGUUUUGACAACAAGUUCAUAGUCAGACACAAAAAUACGAAUAGAGAUAUAGAUAAAUAUUCAAAAUCUGACUCUAACAGAGUAGGAGUGUAUCUGGACCGGUCUGCCGGCACUCUGUCCUUCUACAGCGUCUCUGACACGCACACACUCAAGCUCUUACACACAUUCAACACCACAUUUACUGAACCACUCUGUGCUGCAUUUGGAGUUUUCCCUGAUGUUUCAGUGUCUCUCUUGUGCAAUUCAAAAGCUUCAGAGUGUAACAACAAAGACACACAGGUUACUUACACCGAAUAAAACAUCAUCAUUACAUCUCUGUUUAACUUUAUAGCAGUAGACUUGGAAAACAACAUGGAAAAGAAUGGAAACAUGGUGCCAUUAUUAUAUUAAAUUAAUAGCUUUUUAACGCAAAUUAAACAUUUCACAUUAUUAUUUUAACAUUUUCAUGCGGCUGAAAUUUAAUCCUCAAAUUAAAUAUGUUAUCAUGUUGCUGCAAAAGUUUUCACAUCCAUGUAAAAAUAGUUUGUUUCUCAUUUUGAUAUUGUGACCAAUACAUGUUAAAUUCUUAAAUUAAACUCAUAAUUUUUAAAUAAAUAU